AUGGUUCUCGUUCACAAAGUAUAUACAGUUAACAAGCAAGCUAAAAAAGAAUCUAGUACUAUUAAUCGGGUAUUACAAAUAAGAGUAUAUCCCAAUCGACAACAGUCUCAAAUUCUUAACGAUGCAGUCUGGGAGGAAAGGAAGUUUGCUCGUGCUGUCGUAUGGCUUGGCAUGUUAUUGCGUGGAACGGUUGGUGUUGCGCCAGUGACUAUCACCGAUGAAUCAAUAGACGAAGCGUUAACCACAAAAGAAGAGGAACGUGGAGUUGCAGAACGGCUAGAUAAUUUCGCAAAAGAAAAGGAAUCACAAAACUCCGAUGAUUACCAAAAGCUCGAUUUCCUCACACGAGAAGCGAAAGAUAUAUUGGGUUAUUGGAGGGCCAAGAAUCAAACUCAUAUAGAUGAAUGCGUGAUUGUUCCGAUUAAUCCUAAAAAAAAUGCGGAUAGCAAGUAUAAUCAUCCCAAGUCCACCUCUGACACUUCUGGACAAAAUACUCACGUUUAUUGCGAUCAUUGCGACAACUAUACUCAAGCCCAUCUGUCAAAUGUGUCUCUACGCGAAAAGGAGGAAUAA